AUGGCUUACGUGGUUAUGGAGAGCACAAAGUCCCACAAUAUGUGGCCUGCUACAGAGGACUUGUACCUCAGUCCAAAGGCCCGGAAACCAGGCAAACAACAGUCCCAGUGCAAGGCUGCAGAUCUAAGUUGGGGUUGGGAAGCCAAAAAGAAGUAUGAUAAAGAGACAGAAAAGUACUGUGGCAUCUUAGAAAAACACUUGAAUUUAUCUUCCAAAAAGAAGGAAUCUCAGCUCCAGGAGGCAGACAGCCAAGUAGACCUGGUCCGGCAGCAUUUCUAUGAAGUAUCCCUGGAGUAUGUCUUUAAAGUGCAGGAAGUCCAAGAGAGAAAGAUGUUUGAGUUUGUGGAGCCUCUGCUGGCCUUCCUCCAAGGACUUUUCACUUUCUAUCACCAUGGUUAUGAACUGGCCAAGGAUUUUGGUGACUUUAAGACACAGUUGACCAUCAGCAUACAGAACACAAGAAACCGCUUUGAAGGCACCAGGUCAGAAGUGGAAUCACUGAUGAAGAAGAUGAAGGAGAACCCCCUCGAACACAAGACCAUCAGCCCCUAUACCAUGGAAGGGUACCUGUAUGUGCAGGAGAAACGUCACUUUGGAACUUCCUGGGUGAAGCACUACUGUACAUACCAACGGGAUUCCAAACAAAUCACCAUGGUUCCAUUUGAUCAAAAGUCAGGAGGAAAGGGGGGAGAAGAUGAAUCCGUCACCCUCAAAUCCUGCACACGGCGGAAAACAGACUCUAUUGAGAAGAGGUUUUGCUUUGAUGUAGAAGCAGUAGACAGGCCAGGGGUUAUCACCAUGCAAGCAUUGUCGGAAGAGGACCGCAGGCUCUGGAUGGAAGCCAUGGAUGGCCGGGAACCUGUCUACAACUCGAACAAAGACAGUCAGAGCGAAGGAACUGCACAGUUGGAUAGCAUUGGUUUCAGCAUAAUCAGGAAGUGCAUCCAUGCUGUGGAAACAAGAGGGAUCAAUGAGCAAGGACUCUACCGAAUUGUGGGGGUCAACUCAAGAGUGCAGAAGUUGUUGAGUAUCCUGAUGGACCCCAAAACAGCUUCUGAGACAGAGACAGAUAUCUGUGCUGAAUGGGAGAUAAAGACCAUCACUAGUGCACUGAAGACCUAUCUGAGAAUGCUUCCAGGGCCACUCAUGAUGUACCAAUUUCAAAGAAGUUUCAUCAAAGCAGCAAAGCUGGAGAACCAGGAGACUCGGGUCUCUGAAAUCCAUAGCCUUGUUCAUCGGCUCCCAGAGAAAAAUCGGCAGAUGUUACAGCUGCUCAUGAACCACUUGGCAAAUGUUGCUAAUAAUCACAAGCAGAAUCUGAUGACUGUGGCAAACCUUGGAGUGGUUUUUGGACCCACCCUUCUGAGGCCUCAGGAAGAAACAGUGGCAGCCAUCAUGGAUAUCAAAUUUCAGAACAUUGUCAUUGAGAUCCUAAUAGAGAACCAUGAAAAGAUAUUCAACACUGUGCCUGAUGUGCCACUCACCAACGCCCAGCUGCACCUGUCUCGGAAGAAGAGCAGUGACUCCAAGCCCCCGUCCUGCAGUGAGAGGCCCCUGACACUGUUCCACGCAGUGCAAUCAACAGAGAAACAGGACCAAAGGAACAGCAUCAUCAACUCCAGUUUGGAAUCUGUCUCAUCAAAUGCAAACAGCACUCUUAAUUCCAGCAGCAGUUUACAGCCCAACAUGAACUCCAGUGACCCAGACCUGGAUGUGGUAAAACCCACCCGACCCAACUCACUCCCCCCGAAUCCAAGCCCAACUUCACCCCUCUCGCCAUCUUGGCCCAUGUUCUCGGCGCCAUCCAGCCCUAUGCCCACCUCAUCCACGUCCAGCGACUCAUCCCCCAUCAGGUCUGUUGCAGGGUUUGUUUGGUUUUCUGUUGCUGCCGUUGUUCUCUCAUUGGCUUGGUCCUCUCUUCAUGCAGUGUUCAGCCUCCUCGUCAACUUUGUUCCCUGCCAUCCAAACCUGCACUUGCUUUUUGACAGGCCAGAAGAAGCAGUUCGUGACGACUCCAGCACACCAUUCCGGAAGGCAAAGGCCUUGUACGCCUGCAAAGCUGAGCAUGACUCGGAACUCUCGUUCACAGCGGGCACAGUCUUCGAUAAUGUUCAUCCAUCUCAGGAGCCUGGCUGGUUGGAGGGGACUCUGAACGGAAAGACUGGCCUCAUCCCUGAGAACUACGUGGAGUUCCUCUAAUGUGGGCCCCAGCAGAGCUGCUGAGCUUUCUGUGGUCUCCAUGACAACCGCAGAUUCCAGUGUUGUGGGCCAUUCCCAUUGAGAAAGCAGGAAGACUGACUCUAUUGCUACUUGUCAACAUGAAUGUGUCUGGGAACUUGUGUCACCCUUCUCCCUGAUCAUCUCAGCUGACAUGACAAUACUACAAGAAGCAAAAGUCAAUCAGCAAAAGCCAUUUGAUUUUGAUAAUCUAGAGAAAGUCCCAUAAAGUCGUGUUCUUACGAGUGCUCCAAAUAGGGAGUGCUGAUUUUGUUUCAAUAGUCACCCAAACCCCUAAACUUAGGAAAAAAGUAAGUUAGGAAUAGUCCCCAAGAGCACACAACAUAGCUGAGUUUGACAGGGAAGGCAAAGAAACAGGCACAAGAUCCAGGACAGAUCCACUGCUUUUGUUUACAGCAGACACUCUUGCUCUUCCACCUCCUGAUGCUGGAGACCCACAGUGCUGCAGGCAGCUGGGUCUGUUUGCACACAGGACAGAGAGGGGUUACAGCCCUGGUUAUGUAAGCUCAAAUCUCUCACCCUCCCUAAAGCAGCCCUUGGCCCAUCAUCAACAAAAGUCAGUUCAGUCCUCUCAUGCAAAGGAGCUCACACACCCCACGUUCACUCCUCCCAAGCUAGAAACUUCUCUGUCACUGAGGACUGCUAUCACCUAGUAACCAUGGCAACCCAACCUACGCUCAAACCAAAUCAAAAAAAUAACACACUAUCUUUGCAUGACAUACUUUUUUUCCCCCUGUAUUGGUAGGUUUUUUUUUGAAUGGUCUUCCAACAAUCUGAAGCCGAGGAUCAAAGAAUUGGAGCAGUCUACCUGGGGCAGACAGGAUAGCAGCCAGGGAUUGCUCCCUUCGCAAUGAGUUUCAGCAGCAUCAGGAUAUAUAUUUGGAGCAACUGCUAGUAACCUUUUGAGAUUAAUAGUUCUAUUCUUCAUGCAAUGAGUAUUGCUUUCUAGGGGGCAAAUACCACCUCCCAGUGGGUGACACUCUCUGACUAGUUCCCUCAUGUCCUCCCUGCUUUGCCUUUGCCAUUGUCUAUUUCUGGCCCAUCACUGAGCAGCCACCUUGCAAGUCUUUGGGCCACUGAGCACUGGUGCCCUAUGGACUUCAGGGUGAUUCCUGACCCUAUGGCCUAGAGUUACAUUCACUGCCACCCAGAAAAGGGAAUUGAUUCUCAGGCUUUCCAGGCAUGAGACUAAUAUCAUAGGCCAUUGUGAUUAAGGAAGACACCAAAAGAUUGGGGUGUGGAUGGGUACCUUCUAAGAAAGGGAAUUUCCUUGUCGGAAGGGGCUGGGUCUUGUGGAAGACUGAUUGGAUGGGGAAAAUUCCAUCUGGACAUUUCAUAUUCUUUUGGCCUCUAAAGAACAGAGUCAUAUCUUCCACAUGUGAAUGCCUUGCAAGAGGGACUCUGGACAAACUAAACUGUUAUGUUUCCCAGGAGCCUUUUGGAUGGCAGCAUUGCACCAGUGUUUCCUGCUUCUGGAAUUCCGUUAGGGACCUUUAAUGAAGAAGAAAAGAAAAACUUGAAUUGUGUUGAAUUACUGUAUCUUUUACUUUUUUUUAAAAUGAUAAACUUGUAAAUAGAGUGAUUUGAAAUACUAUAUGGCAAAGUUUUAUAUUUGAUAUUCUUUAAGCUAGUUGUUCCAUACAAAAUGGCUUUCCUUGAGGAACCAGUGUGUUUAAAAGAGAAAGAGAGGAGGCAAGGUUGAAGAGCCAAGGUCAUUGUCCCUCUCUGGCCAAGCAAAAAGAGAAGAUAUUUCUGUGUGCUGUCUGUUGGCUCCUGUUAGUGAGCCUGACAAAUCAAUAGUGUUCAGUCUUCUUCAUCUCUGUGUGUUUGUGAGCAUUCCUUGGACUUUGGAUUUGGAUUUGGAAAGAGCAUCUUCAGGCAGUGAGUUAUCAAAGAACACCUACGUAGCAGUAAAAUGAAGCUCAGGAUUUAAAUAGGCGGGGUCAGGGGUGGAAGUUUUUUGUUUUGUUUUUCUUCUCAGGUAUAUUUCUUGGUACCCCAGGAUAACAGGACAGAAGAAGAUGAACUAUACUCCUUACUCCUUAACCUUGCUCCACAUCAUCUAAGGCUUUAUAAAUGAGGCCAAGCUAGCUUGCAAUUUUGUGUGUGUGUGUGUAUGUGUGUAAGUUUAAAAAAAAAAAAA